AUGGCCUUAGGGAAUCACAGCACUGUCACAGAGUUCAUCUUCCUCCGGCUGUCUGCCGACCCCCAUACUGAGGCUGUGCUCUUCGUGCUCUUCCUGGGGAUUUACCUCCUAACCCUGAUGGGGAACCUGAUGCUGCUGCUGGUGAUCAGGACAGAUUCCCACCUCCACACCCCCAUGUACUUCUUCCUGAGUCACCUCUCCUUCCUGGAUCUCUGCUACUCCUCAGUCACUGAGCCCAAAAUGCUGGAGAACCUUCUUUCUCAGGGGAAAUCCAUCUCAGUAGAGGGCUGCCUGGCUCAGGUCUUCUUUGUGUUCGCCACGGCUGGGACGGAAGUGUGCCUGCUCGCAGUGAUGGCCUAUGACCGCUAUGCCGCCAUCUGCCACCCUCUGCUCUAUGGCCAGGUGAUGGGAGAGCAGCUGUGUGAGGGUCUGGUGUGGGCCUCGUGGGGACUGGCCUUUCUGGACGCUCUCAUCAACAUCCUCCUGGCAUGGAACCUGGACUUCUGUGAGGCUCAUAUUAUGUCUCACUUCAGCUGUGAGCUGCCCUCUCUGUUCCCUCUGUCCUGCUCUGAUGUCUCCACCAACUUUGCAGUUCUGAUCGGCUCUGCCCUUCUGCAUGCCUCUGCAACAUUGCUCCUGAUCUUAUUCUCUUACUCCCGCAUUGUCUCCACCAUUCUGAAUAUCACCUCCGCAACCGGCAGAAGCAAGGCCUUCUCCACCUGCUCCUCCCACCUCACUGCAGUGAGCUUGUUCUAUGGUUCUGGUUUUCUUCGCUAUUACAUGCCAACCUCAGGUUCUCCAUUGGAAUUUGUUUUCUCCCUGCAGUACAGUGUGGUCACUCCUCUAGUGAAUCCCCUUGUCUACAGCUUGAAGAACAAUGAAGUAAAAUCAGCUCUGAAUAGAAUGUUGCAAAAAGGUUUCCAACAUUUCAGAUAA